AGCGGAAGCCUCCCCAGAGCUUCCUCUGCUGCGGUCCCCGGGGACCUGCAGGAGUCACUGCCCCUUUCAAGCCCGAGCAGGGCCAGGCGGACCCUGACCCACCCACCUCACCUUUUGUGGGGAAGACUAGCAUUUCCUGCUUCCUGGCCUUGGAAGGGAGUGGCUGAGCUGGGGAGCCUGAGCAGCUGCAGGGAGGGGACCUGCAUGCCCAGUACAAGCUCCUACGCCAUGGAUCGCGGCCAACCUAGCCUAGAGCCCCAGGCCAAGGGCCCAUGCGUAAUCGCGCCGGUGCGCGCUGUGCUACGUCUGCGCCGCCGCGUCUGCGUCCUGCGCAAGAGGCGCCUCUUGCAGCCAGGCACUGAACCCGACGCUGGGACAGGGGCACUCCGGCCCAGCGGCAGCUCCGGGACUCUGCGUGCGGACCUAGACCAACCUAAAUUCUUCACGUUCGACAGCCUGACGGAGUUGUCUUCCAGGACACCCCGCAAGAGGCGUAGGCGUAGUCGGGUAGUGCUCUACCCUGAAACCUCACGGAAGUACCGACCCCGCACAGAGCGCAAGAGCCGUGCACAGCGUUGUCUGCUGCUGCUCGUAGCCAUUGUGGGGUUCCAAGUUCUUAACGCCAUUGAGAAUCUGGACGAUAAUGCACAACGUUAUGACCUCGAUGGGCUGGAGAAGGCGCUGCGGCGUUCUGUGUUUGGCCAGCCAGCUGCUGUGGGCCGCAUCAUGGCCUUGCUGCGGGACUACCUGGCUACACACGUGCACAGUCAUCCUUUGCUCCUGGCUCUGCAUGGGCCCAGUGGUGUAGGCAAGAGUCACGUGGGGCGCCUGCUGGCACGCCACUUCCACUCAGUGCUGGAGGAUGGCGCGUUGGUACUGCAGUACCACGCACGACAUCACUGUCCAGAGCUGCGCCCCGUUCAGGACUGCCGGAAGGAGCUGGCACAGCGUGUGGCAGAUGUGGUGGCGCAGGCUGAGGCCGAGGAGAAGACCCCUCUCUUGGUCCUGGAUGAGGCUGAACUCUUGCCGUCUGCUCUUCUGGAUGAGCUGCACGGCUUCCUGCAGCCGCAGCGCUCGCACCAUUUCCACAACGCUAUCUAUGUACUCCUAAGUGGCGCUGGUGGUGUAGAGAUCACACACUUCGUGCUGCAGAACGCAUCACGCAUGUUGCCCCCACACCUCCACAGUGCAGGCAGCACUCAGGCUGAGGUGUCGCGGGCCGAGGAGGAGUUACACACCAGCCUCCGGGAGCUCCUGGCCCGAGAGCACCCUCUGUGGCACACUGCAGCCAUCGUGCCCUUCCUGCUGCUAGACAAGCCAGAUGUGGUCAACUGCUUCCGAGAGGAGAUGGCAGGGGAGGGUUUUUUUCCCGAGCAGGCGCUGGCAGAGCAUCUGGCAGAGCAGCUCAACUACUACCAUGUUGCUGGACAUGAAUUUGCCGUCACUGGCUGCAAGCAGGUCGUAGCUAAAGUCAACCUCCUGCAGCACAAGCCUGCACGUGGUGGACACUAGCCAGUGGCCCCAGGCCUUUGAGCUGUUGAAAACAGGAAGAAUAUCAGGUGAUUUGUGGCCCCCAAGCUGGUUCACCCCAGGAGCCAGAGAGGCUGAGCGCUGAGCUCCCCACUUCCUCUUCCACCCCUGAGCCUUGAGAUUCCCUCGGGUCACCAGGAAAGCGGCCACUUUCCUAUCUGUAGUCUGGUCCCCCCCCUCCUCAGCUCCCACUAUGUCCAUCGUGUCCCAGAACAUGUGAUAGGGCCUCCCAUAACCCUAGGAAGUGGGCGUAUUCACUCAUGGUACAGAUUAUCGCAGAGGGUGAGUACCUGUAGUGGGAACCUGGUCCUGCUGGAACAUGUGGUUGUCCCCAUGAGUGCUUCUCACAAGCACUCAGUUACCCCUCGAAUGCCUCCUUAGCUUAGAGGCCACAAGGUGGGGAAGGCUUCUCCAGGCCCUCCUGAGAAGGCAGUGGGGUGGAUAGAUGUCUGCAAGCCAGUGAGCAGAUCCAGUGGAAUCCCUCAAAUGUCGUGGAGCAUGGACUUGGCUGAAUGUGGACCUAAGUGGAGACCCAGACUCUUGAGACUGGCUACCUGUUUGCUCCAAAGACAGACAUGGACGGUGACCUUGGAACAAGGUUCAGGGUCCUACUCACCAGAAGAGCUUAGAAAGGAGGAACCAGAGUGGUGAUGUGUCCUGACCCACCCUGGGGACACCUGCUGGGAAACCACCCAAGCUCAGGUUUCCCUAGAAAGGGUCACUAGAGCCUGUCCUACUGCUGAGGGACACACUCCCUCCACCUGGCCCUUUCCUGCCACCAGCUCUGGAGUGCCAGCACUGGAGUCCACAGCAAACCAUGGCAGCAGUGAAGUGAACAGGGCCUUGACGCUUCUGUUUGCAGGAAGCACCAGGCGUGCACAAGGCCCAGUGGAGUCGGGUGGGGAACAGCUCAGGCACUUGGCUGGACCCACAGGGUGACCACAGGAGUCGAGGCCUCUUUUCCUGGACAGUGUCACUGUCUGGUUACCACAGUUACAGCUUUUGGUGUCCCAGGUUCAGCCCUCUCAACUCCAUCUGCACAUGCGCCAGAGCAAGGUGCUGUGGAAUGUUCUUGGUAGGAGGCUCCUUGGUGUUCUGGCAACUUCUGUGCUGCCUCCUGGUGGCUGCACCCAGCCCUUGCCUGUGAGUGACCAUCAUUGUGAGUUAGAAAGGGGCACAUCCAAAAGUGGGGCUUGAGGGUACAGCAAGGGAUGAUACUAGAAGAGAUUAGAGAGGAGGAACCCCCCUAGGGGGGUGAUGUGCCCUCCCCACCCUGGGGAGACCUGCUGGGAAACCAUCCAAGCUCAGGUUUCCCUCGAUCACAAGCCGGCACCCUGAGCAACCUGCACGCUUCUUGUCUCCCAUUCAACUUGCUCCAGCUGUGGUCUGAGGAGCUGUGUGAUGCAGGGACCAGGAGGACUCUGGGGAUGGACACCCCCACCUGUGGAGCCCUGCACACGGGUCUUAUGCCUGGGAGGUGACCAGCACAUCCUUCCUCAGGCCCCAGGACUCCUUCCUGCUCUGAGGUCUUCCUGAGGUUGGAAGGUUGGGCCAGGGUUGCAGCGGGAUGCAGAGGGUAGGAUAGCCAGACCUGGGAAUCCAAGAGCUUCACCAUCCACCUUAGUUCACCUGCUUAGCUACAGGGAGGGUCAGGACUCUUGCUCUGCUUUCAGGAGUUUGUAUUGAUGCUUCAAGGGGUAUUUGUGUAUGACCUGCUGAGUGGGGGUGCUGGCCAGUCCUUGCAGAAUGAUGCUGGGGUCCUCAGCACUCCCCAAGAAGGCCCCCAGGAUUGUUACUUGAAAACCCACCUGGAGGUGUCUCCUGCCUGGCCCAGUGUUGCUUGUACUCACUCACUUAACAUCUGCAGAGCAUUGAUUUAGUGAGGAUCCAAACCCACACAGAGUUUUCUUUUUAUUUAUUUAUAAAACAGUACAUUUAUAAGAUAAUUGCAUCGAGGCCAAGUUCUGGUCUUAAGAGGCCUGUACCCCCAACACUGAGCAGGUUGUAUCGUGCUUGUGAAUAAACUGCAGCUCAAAUCUAACAGUC